AUGCUGCACUUCGGCAGUGCCGCUCAGGGCACAACCCCGAUGAGAAAACCACGCUCGAAGAAGCGGAAGACAACUGAAAGGUCGCUAAAGCCAGGGUUGGCUAAGGUCUAUCUGGGUCCUAAUGCGACUGAGGCCCCUCCAAAGCCAAAGGUGGUUGAUGUCCCCACAACUGUUGUCUUGGAGAUGGCGAAGAGGCUAGCGGUCUCCAACGAUGUUGGUAGCCAUUUAGCCUAUCUGGUAUCUAUUUUCCUAGAGAGGAAAAUGGACCGGUGGUGGGGUGAUCGGACUCUCCAAGCAUCUCAUGGUCUCUCGCACACCCUUCAGGACUUCAGGUACAACUUUACACCUUUCAGCACGCUCGCUUUUGAGCUGUCUGGCGAGGGCGUCACGAUGGAGAAUAAGUGGUUAAAGGCUGAGUUCACUGCCCGAGAGCAAGCCCUUGACCAUGAACGGGCCAAGUUAAAGGCCACUGCCUCCAAAGUGAAAAAGGAGACCAAGACUAUGAGGACUGAGUUGAUUAGAAUUCUGACCGAGCUUUUCGGGCUUCUAAUGACUUUGUUUUGGCAAUAUUUGGCCCAUCGCUUAGACUAA